AUGGAGACCAGAAAGGGCCCAAGGGGCUGUCAUCUCCCCUCCAUCGCCAGAGAGACCUGCAGCGGAGAGCUGGGGAAGGUGCAAGAGAGAGGAGACUCCGGCAUGACCUCGGUGGAGAGGACACACAGUACUAAACACAAGGACAUUCUGGAAUCUGAGGGAUGUUGUGCCAACACCACAUCCUCUGGCCAAAGGGUCAGCCCCUCAUCUUCUGCUGUACUAGGUCCAAGUGUCAGUGAGCUUCCAGGCCCCUGCAGAGCGUCUGCUCACCUAGACCUCGCUCCGGAUUUGGAUCUGAAAGCCUCCUCCUCACAUUCUGGUCACUCCUCUGAAACUUCGUUGCCUGAAGUCCAAAAGAAUAACUAUCACGAGGAGUUUAGCCUCCUCAAGUUGCAGACAAAAGAUGGGCAGCGUCCUGAGUGGACAUUUUACCCGAGGUUUAGCAGCAGUAUCCACACCUACCAUGUUGGAAAGCAGUGCUUCUUUAAGGGUGUCUUCCUCGGCAACAAGAGGUCUCUGUCAGAGAGGACAGUGGACAAGUGCCUUGGGAGGAAGAAAUAUGAUAUUGAUCCCAGGAAUGGAAUCCCAAAGCUAACUCCAGGAGAUAAUUCAUAUAUGUACCCAGAACAGAGUAAGGGCUUCCACAAAGUAGGAUCAACUCUCCCACCAGUGAAUUUUUCAUUAGUGCCUUAUGAAAAGAAAUUUGAUACAUUUAUUCCACUCAAGCCUCUUCCACAAAUUCGCAACUUGCCUUUCUGGAUAAAGGAGAAGGCCAACAAACUGAAGAACGAGAUAAGAGAAGUUAAGGAGCUUGACGAUUGGCAGCCAGCGAUCCCUCUGUUAUACAGUUUAAUCUCGGCUGGGGGGCUAAGGACCUUCAGAGAAUAG